UCCUGAACGCUUUGUCACACGUGUGUGUGUACGCGCGCGCGCGCGUGCGCGUGUGUGUUGUCAGUAACUGUCUCUUCCUCUUUGUUAUUUCCACUGUAGCUCUUCUUCAGUACUGAACUGAGGGCUGAACCAACUUAGCUCCAGGUCUCCACUUGGGACUUGUUCACUGCAGAGCUCAGUGCAGCCAGAGCCAGUAGGAUGGAGGAAGAGGCCAUUUGCUUCCUGGAGAGGUUUGUCAAAGAGUUCCCAGCUGCUCUGGAGGAAAGCAGCUCACUGCCAAUCAGCCCUCUGAGCCACAAGGUCUCUCUGGAGGAGCUGCAUGGAGAAACCCUAGACUUGGGCCUGAGGCUACUGGCUUCCAGAAAUGCUCCUGCAGGCCUCAGUGCCCUCCUGUCCCAUACAGCACUGACCCAGCUGCUCCAGAAUGACCUUUCCUCUUUCCACUGCCCCCAGGAAGCUGAAGCUAACCAGGAAGAGGGAGAGACAGUCGUCUUACUUCAGUCGGAGGCAGUCCAACGUCUCUUCCUUAACAAGCUGAUAGAUGUAGCGCUGGAGUGGUACGAAAACCUACCCAAGCUGUCCCUCUCCCCUUCACGCAUCCUCCACUGCUCUGUUCAUGCUAUCAAGAACACAAGGAGAAAGAUGGAGGACAAACAUUUGGUGCUAGCAGAGUUCAACCAACUCUUUGGAAUGCAGGACAGGGUAGCGCGUGCCUACUAUGCUGUGUUUGAUGGCCACGGAGGAGUGGAUGCUGCCAUCUACGCCGCCACUCACCUCCAUGUUGUUCUGAGUAAACAGGAGACACUGCAGAGUGACACCGACACAGCCUUUAAAACUGCCUUCAGACGCAUAGAUGACAUGUUCAGAAGCAAAGCCAAGAGAGAGCGUCUCCGAAGCGGCAGUACAGGAGUGGCGAUGCUGAUACAGGGUCAGCAGCUGACUGUCGCUUGGCUGGGUGACUCUCAAGCCAUACUGGUCAGAAAACAGCAAGUUGUUACACUCAUGGAGCCUCAUAAACCAGAGAGAGAGGAUGAGAAGCAGAGAAUUGAGGAUCUGGGAGGCUGUGUUACCUUCAUGGGCUGCUGGCGUGUUAAUGGCACCUAUGCUGUAUCCAGGGCUAUAGGUGACUUUGACCAGAAGCCCUAUGUAUCUGGAGAUGCAGACUGCUCAACAGUGCAGCUGUUGGGGGAUGAAGAUUACGUGCUGCUGGCAUGUGACGGCUUCUUUGAUGCAGUGAAACUUUCAGAGGUCCCCGAACUUGUUCUUGAUGCACUCCAGCAGGUUUGUGACCCUGAAGGAGGAGCUUCACUCGAACAGCCUGAGGAUGCUGUAGGACAGAGGGUUGCUCAGCAGUUGGUAGCCCAUGCCAAGGCAGCUGGAUCAAGUGAUAACAUUACAGUCAUGCUGGUAUUUCUGUGUUCUCCGCUGCAGCUGCUUGUUCAGCAGUCCACAGAAACUGGACAAGCUACUCAGCACUUCACUUCUCAAGAUGCAUCACAGCAGUGAAUGAGUAGGUCCCUUGCCCAGACACCACUGUGAUACUCAGAUACUGCCUGACUCAGAAUUUCUCAGCCAGCUAUUCCCACAGGUGCUGUCAGUUAUUCAGCAGAUUAGCUAAGCUCAUUUGAUGCUGGCAUACAUAUCAACACAGAAAAGUCUCGCUACAACACCGCUGAUCAGUUAUCAAUAAAAGUUGAUUCAGUUGUGUUUAGGCCACGUCGUUCACAUUCACAUCGAGAUCAGCUUAUUAUGUCACUAUCCUAAAAACUCAUGUGAUUCAAUAUGAAUUGAAAAACAGAUGUCAUGUGAGCAUUACAUCAAUUUGUCAGUGUGUACAUAUGUUCAUAUCUUAAUCAUGUUCUGCUUUUAUGGUCAGCAUUGAUCAGCUCAUACUAUGUCUUUGUGGGACGUAAGCCUUUGGUACAAAAUGUGUUUCAUUCGUAUUUUUUUCAAAAAAUUCGACCUACCAUAAGCACUGCAAAGAUUGCAACUUUGUUUCUGUGAUUAAAAAUACUUUUUUUGAACAGAUUUGUAAUUAUAUUAAUAAUUUCUAAAUUAAAUCCAUACUUGAGUCCUUUGAGGAAGCAUAGUGAGUUGAGAUUUGAAUUGUGAGAUUUUAUAACUACAUAAUACUGACUGUUAAUGCAUUUGAAAUCCAUCAGUCGGAAAAUAGUUCAAAGCCUUUAUAAAGUUGCUGCAGUUUCAAAACCAGCUUCACAAAUUCAGAUAAGUGUAAAUGUCUAAAAUAUUCAGUCAUCAAGUUUGAAAGAAAGAUUUUUGUUUUAAAGAAGAAAUUCCAUGGUCAAGUCUACCUGACAGCAGACAGGCUGGGAAUCUCUGUUUAGGGAAAGGGGUUUUUUUUAACACCCAAAUCAAAUCACAUGAAUACAGAUGGUUUUAAUAAAUGUAGUAUAUUUAUUGGUAUUUAAAUUUGGACAAUUAGAAUCCAAUAGUAAUUAUAUUAUGUGUUACUAAGACUUGAAAACCUGACAGCUUUUCUUUGCUUCCAUAUUAUUUCUUUUCGAAAGAGAAGCUGUUCUUCUCUUCAUCUUCUCACCAUUAGAACAGUCUGUUACCUUUUUAAGCAUUGUAUUACUGUGUUUUGUCAAGUAUUAGUUCUCAUCCACCAUGUCUUAUCAAAUGCUCUCUUUGCAUUGUCAGUAUUAUACACUGUUCUUGCAUCACACUUAUGGAAGUGACGCAAAAAAUCUCACUGACUCAGGCUUUGCAGUAGGAUUGGAUUCACAUGGACAUUAUUAAUAUGCUUCAUUGAAGAGUAACAUGAGAAACGUUGAAUCCUUUUACCGUCAGUCUAACACCUACCAGUCAGCCUUUAGAGACUUGCCUAACAGUGUGACUAAUUAAAGUUUACUAAAUGACUAUGUUGGGCCAUCAGCCUUGAGCUGUGAUUCUAAGAUUCUGCAGUGAAAAGAUUCAGAUAGGAUGACCUUUGAAGUUGAGGUUUGUUUUUUUUCCCCCAAGAUUUUCAGGGUUAUCAAAAUGACAGAGUGAUCACAAAUAUCAGUAUCUAGUUCACAAGGUGCACCUGGAGGGCUAAACUAACCCCCAGGGGUCUGCAUGGUGAGGUCAUGUAUUGGAUCAGAGAUAGUAUUUCUGACUCCUAUGUUUAAUUUUUUUAUACUUGUUUUUAAGUAACUGUUCUUCUUGUCUGACUGAAAGCAUUAAUGUCUCGAUUUCAGAAGAUUGUGGGAUGUAAUAAUAAAUUUUCAUAUUCUGUA